AUGUCGCGCAAUUCAUUCGACGAGGGUGAUGACCAAAUCACACCUCUAGCCCGCAGAAUGACUGCCACCGACGAAGGCAACCGCGUUCUGCAAAUGGGCAACAUGGCAGCCGCUCGCCGCAAGAACAGUAUCCACCGUACCAGUCCUCCUUCCGACCUCAAUCGCAACCGCUCUCCCAACUCCAAUGACCCCCACAAAGUCGUGAUACCCGACGAGUUGCCCGCGCGCAGCAAGACCACCGGCGGCGGCAUGUCACGCUCCAAAUCCAUGAAGCAAGCACUAGGCAGAGCAAUGAGUGUACGCCAGGAACCACACCAACCCCACAACAUCUCAAACACUGGCUUUGCGCCUUCGCGAUCAAAGUCGUUGCGCGCACCGCCACCUCCCCGUUUGCAUCUUCGCAGACAGCAAGAAGCAGGCAAGGAUGGAGUCAUGGAACCUGUUCCUGUGCCUGAUUUCCCUUCGCCGGGAAGAGCGCCUAGAGGCCAGAGAAUCUUUGAUCCGCAAACGAUUGCUGAGGAUGAAGGUGUGGAUGUGGAGAAGACUGGUGGGUGGGCGGUUGACAGGAAGACACAGAAGAAGUUGGAUGAUGAGAGGGCUAGGAUGGAAGAGCAGGAGCGUCAGGCAGUGUUCAGUGGCGAGGAUGGGGAUAUCAAGCACAACAGGACGGGCAGACAACGAAGCAAGAGUUUCAAGGAGUUCUUCAAGAGAGGAUGA